UUCAACCAACUCGGACUAUCACCACCAUGCCAUCAGCUCAGUUCCGAACCCUCGAGAGAGAGGACCGGUUUAGAAACCCACCCAAGUCCAACCAGGACAUUUAUCCCUUAUUAAAGGAUGCCAUCGAACCUCAUCUUGACUCCUUCAAUGCCUUAACCGAAGGACCUCAUGGAGGACUCUUAAAUAUGGCCGUAGCAGAUAUUGGAACUAAAACUAUUUUCGAUACUAAUAAUGAUGCUACCGGAAGAUUAGGUAAUAAAUUAAACAUUCGAGUGGAUUCAGUCCAAUUGGUAAAACCUGCCGUUAAUGCCAACGAUAAAUUAUCCAUUAAUAGAAAGACUUUACCUUAUGAAUGUAGAGAAAGAAUGUCUACUUAUAAGGCUAGAUUAUUAUUGAAAGUAGCAUGGACUGUCAAUGACUCUGGUGAAGAAGUGUCGGAAAUAAGAGAAGUUGGUCAAUUACCUAUUAUGGUCAACUCUAAUCGAUGCCAUUUACAAGGAUUAAGUCCUCAACAAUUAAUUGAUUAUAAAGAAGAAUCAGAUGAAUUAGGAGGAUAUUUCAUAGUCAAUGGGAUUGAAAAAUUAAUCAGAAUGUUAAUUGUACAAAGAAGAAAUCAUCCUAUGGCAUUAAUCAGACCUUCAUUUGGAAAUAGAGGUGCUUCAUACUCCAAAUUUGGGAUUCAAAUCAGAUGUGUAAGACCCGAUCAAACUUCACAAACCAAUGUCUUACAUUACUUAAAUGAUGGUAAUGUUACUUUCAGAUUCUCAUGGAGAAAGAAUGAAUAUUUAAUUCCAGUAGUCAUGAUCUUAAAGGCCCUUGUAGAAACCAAUGAUAGAGAAAUCUUCAAUGGAAUUGUAGGAUCAGACAUUAAGAAUUCCUUCUUAACUGAUAGAUUGGAAUUAUUAUUAAGAUCAUUUAAAAACUAUAACUUAUAUUCCAAACAAGAAACUUUAGCUUAUUUAGGUGAUAAGUUUAGAAUUGUAUUUAAUGCAACUCCUGAUGUAUCUGAUAUUGAAGUUGGUAAAGAAGUAUUAAGAAGAAUUGUAUUGGUUCAUUUAGAUAAUAAUGCCGAUAAGUUUAAGAUGCUUUUAUUCAUGAUCAGAAAGUUAUAUGCUUUAGUGGCAGGAGAUUGUUCUCCUGAUAAUCCUGAUGCUACUCAACAUCAAGAAGUUUUAUUAGGAGGAUUCCUUUAUGGAAUGAUUAUUAAAGAAAAGAUUGAAGAAUACUUACAAAACAUUCGUUUACAAAUCCAAUCAGAUAUUAAUCGUGGACUAGCUGUUAACUUUAAUGAUAGAAAGUAUAUGUCUAAAGUAUUCUUAAAGAUUAAUGAAAAUAUUGGACAAAAAUUACAAUACUUUCUUUCUACUGGUAACUUAGUUUCUCAAUCUGGUUUAGAUUUACAACAAGUAUCUGGUUAUACCGUGGUAGCAGAAAAGAUUAAUUUCCAUAGAUUUAUUUCUCAUUUCAGAAUGGUUCAUAGAGGUUCUUUCUUUGCUGAAUUGAAAACUACUACAGUUAGAAAGUUAUUACCAGAAUCUUGGGGUUUCUUAUGUCCUGUUCAUACUCCAGAUGGUUCACCAUGUGGUUUAUUAAAUCAUUUAGCUCAUAAAUGUAAAAUAUCUACUCAAGAUUCAGAUGUAUCUCAAGUUACUAAUUGUUUAUCUAAAUUAGGUGUAUCACCAGCUCAUACUUUUGCAGCUGGACCUAAUGUAUGUUGUAUUCAAUUAGAUGGUAAGAUUGUUGGAUGGACUAGUCAUGAACAAGGUAAGAUUGUAGCUGAUACUUUAAGAUUUUGGAAAGUUGAAGGUAAUCAUGGUUUACCAUUAGAUUUAGAAAUUGGUUAUGUUCCACCAUCUACUAAAGGUCAAUAUCCAGGUUUAUACUUAUUUGGUGGUAGAGCUAGAAUGAUGAGACCUGUCAAAUAUUUACCAUUAAAUAAGAAAGAUAUCUUGGGACCAUUUGAACAAGUUUAUAUGAAUAUUGCUGUAACUCCUGAAGAAAUUACUAAUAAUAUUCAUAGUCAUGUAGAAGAAUCUCCUACAAAUAUUUUAUCAAUUUUAGCUAAUUUAACUCCAUUCUCAGAUUUUAAUCAAUCUCCAAGAAAUAUGUAUCAAUGUCAAAUGGGUAAACAAACUAUGGGAACUCCUGGAGUUGCCUUGGUUCAUAGAUCUGAUAAUAAAUUAUAUAGAUUACAAACUGGUCAAACUCCUAUUGUUAAAGCCAAUCUUUAUGAUGAUUAUGGAAUGGAUAAUUUCCCUAAUGGUAUGAAUGCUGUUGUAGCAGUCAUUUCUUAUACUGGAUAUGAUAUGGAUGAUGCAAUGAUUAUUAAUAAAUCUGCGGAUGAAAGAGGAUUUGGUUAUGGUACUGUUUAUAAAGUUGAAAAAGUAGAUUUAUCUCAAUCUAGAAGAAGAGGAGAUCCAAUCACUCAACAUUUCGGAUUUGGAGAAGAUUCUUGGCCUGAAUCAUGGAAAGAAAAAUUGGAUGAUGAUGGAUUACCUAUUAUUGGAGUUAAAGUUGAAGAAGGUGAUCCAAUUGUGGCAUACUUUGAUGAAACUUUAGGUAAGACUAAAGUUAAGACUUAUCAUUCCAAUGAACCAGCCUAUAUUGAAGAAGUUAAACUUAUUGGUGAUGAUAAUGCUGAUCAAGAAGGUCAACAACUUACUAUCAAAUAUAGAAUUACUAGACAACCACUCAUUGGUGAUAAAUUCUCAUCUAGACAUGGACAAAAGGGGGUUUGUUCAAGAAAAUGGCCUCAAAUUGAUAUGCCCUUUUCUGAAACAGGUAUUCAACCUGAUGUCAUUAUUAAUCCUCAUGCUUUCCCAUCUCGUAUGACUAUUGGAAUGUUUGUAGAAUCAUUAGCUGGUAAAGCUGGAGCAUUACAUGGUAUUGCUCAAGAUUCUACUCCAUGGAAAUUUAGUGAAGAUGAUACCCCAGCUGAUUUCUUUGGUGAACAAUUACUUUCAGCUGGAUAUAAUUAUCACGGUAAUGAACCAAUGUAUUCUGGAGCUACUGGUGAAGAAUUAAGAGCCGAUAUUUAUAUCGGAUGUGUAUACUAUCAAAGAUUAAGACAUAUGGUUAAUGAUAAGUUCCAAGUUAGAUCUACUGGACCUGUUAAUUCAUUAACUAUGCAACCUGUUAAAGGUAGAAAGAGAUCUGGUGGUAUUCGUGUAGGAGAAAUGGAAAGAGAUGCUUUAAUUGGUCAUGGUACUUCCUUCUUAUUACAGGAUAGACUUUUGAAUUGUUCUGAUUAUACACAAACAUCCAUCUGUCGUCAAUGUGGUUCUAUAUUAACCACUCAAACUACAGUCCCAAGAAUCGGAUCUUUGGCUACUGUAAGAUGUCGUAGAUGUUCUCAAAAAUUGGAUACCUAUGUUCAAAAACACGGUUAUGCCAAUGACUCUGAUAUUUGGGAAGAUGGUCAAGGUAAGAAGUUUGUAGGAGGAGACAACACUUCAACUGUGGCUAUUCCAUUUGUAUUGAAAUACUUAGACUCUGAAUUAUCAGCCAUGGGAAUCAAGAUGAAGUAUAACGUGUCUCCUGCCUAAUCCUUAACUUAUUAUUCUUCAUCUCUUGUACAUUAGAAAUUUG